GUUUUUUUGAGGCCAUCUUUGAUUUUUCCUAUUGAACAGUACCUACAUUACUCGAGAUGCCCGUCCCCUUCGAAGCCCUUAUUCCCUUUGGCCUCAUGGCCGGUUUGAUUACUGUUUCCGCAAGUGGUCUCUCCAUGGUCAAGUACUACGCCAACGAUCGCAAGCCUCACAGAUAUGGUCUUGAUAACUGGGAAAAACAAAUGAUGGAACGUGACAGACGCAUGACAGGAUCUCUCCGUGGACAAUUGGCAGAACCUACAGCGCCAGCAGCAUUUGCCACGAAUAGUGUUUGGUAUUUGGAGACACCAAGAUCGAAAUAGACGCAAUAAAUCAAGUCAUGUAUCAUUUUUCCACAAAAAAGCAAAAAGAAAAAAAAAAAAGGCUUACAAUACAAAC